ACUUAUUUUUAUCAAUGCGGCAAUCUUUAUUUAUUUUUCUAAAUAAACGGAAAACGAAAACUGAAGACUGAAGAAAAUGGGAGUAGUAGUGAUCGAUGGAUCAACGGUACGAUCUUUUGUAGACGACGAAGAGCAAUUUAAAAAAAGCGUCGACGAGAGGUUCACGGCUCUGGAUCUGAACAAAGACGGCGUUUUAUCGCGAUCAGAGCUACGAAAGGCGUUUGAAUCGAUGAGGCUGCUUGAAUCACACUUUGGCGUCGAUGUGGUGACUCCUCCGGAUGAGCUUACGAAGCUCUACGACUCGAUCUUCGAGAAAUUUGAUACGGACCAGAGCGGUUCUGUGGAUCUGGAGGAGUUUAGAUCGGAGAUGAAGAAGAUCGUGCUUGCGAUUGCUGAUGGGCUUGGGUCUUGUCCGAUUACGAUGGUGUUAGAUGAUGAUGAGAAUAAUUUUCUGAAAAAAGCUGCGGAUUUGGAAGCUUCCAAGCUUGAGAAAGCUUCUUCGUGAUGGUGAUGGAUGCUUUUGGGAUCUUUUUAAUUGUCUUUGUUUUGUGGUUGUUCAUGUAAGCGAGGAUAUGAAUAAAUAAAACUUUGUGAAUUUUAGUGCUUUAA